AUGGCUCCCAUCAGCACAAUCUCACUCCGAGAAGACCUACCACAAGAUCUUCUUGGUGAUAUUAUAUCACGAGUAUCUGAAUCGGGCCGCCUUAAUGUCCGUCAUUGCAUGCAAGCAUCUAUGGGACUAGCAAAAGCAACAAAAGACAAAAGAGUGCACAAGAAGCUUAACCUAAGACCUUUGGCCUUCAAUCCAUUAUCGACACUUCACCAAUACGAUAAACUCAUGGAAAAAUGUCUAGAGAAUGGAAACGCUGAAGCACAUUACAUCAAAGGCAUAAAAGAAUACUUCUACUACAACAACAUCACCACGAGAUUACAUCAUCUGCACGCUGCAGCAGAAGGUUCGUAUGGUAAUGGCAUUUAUCGGGGAGAAAACGGACAAGGGCAAACUUACUUAGACAAGCUGGCCUGGAAACAGAGCAAAUCAAAGGCUGAUCAAUGCUGGAGAAACAUCAAAAGAUCUCUGCAUGGAGUGAGGGUAAAAAGGUUGGCAUGUUACAAGAUCAGCUUGCGGAAUGCAAAAGCAACAAUUAUGUGCAACCGCAGAGACAUGGAAAACAGGUGCCAACACUGCUACUACUACAAACAAAUGGUGAAGUUCGUGUUCAUAAUGUAA